CUGUGAUGUGGUCACUGGAUGACUGAGGCAGCAGGAAGCUCCGAGGUUUUGUCGUUGGGAGACAGAGGCGCCUGACGGAGACUCCACCCGGGGACUCCACCCGGGGACUCCACCCGGGGACUCCACCCGUCCUCCAGCACCGUCAGGAGAGAGACACCCACAGAUGCGAACGAUGUCUGACGAGACGGAACCGAGAAUGUGUGACGAGGACUUCGGCUCGGACGAGGAGGGCGAGGAGGCCGACGUGGAGUCGGAGCUGGAGGACAACAGCAGCGAGCUGCUGGACCGGCUCCGGGAACUGGAGGCCGAGAACUCAGCUCUGGUUCUGGCGAAUGAGAGUCAGCGGGAAGCGUACGAGCGAUGUCUGGACGAGGUGGCCAACCACGUGGUCCAGGCUCUGCUCAAUCAGAAGGAUCUGAGGGAGGAGUGCAUCAAGCUGAAGAUGUUGGUGUUUGACCUGGAGAGACAGAACCGAGCGCUGUGUGAGCUGUUCCAGCAGAAGCUUCCCAACCACCCGGCCGCUCACUACCAGGUGCACGCAGGCCCCCCCCCAGAAUACAAUGCACCGCCGCACAAUGACUCCUCCUCCAAACAGGCGGAGCCUGCACAGACCGAAGCACAAGCCAAGGGAAACGGUUACCGCACACAGCACGCCCCCCCCGGCCCUCGCGGUCCGGCCGCCGCCUCCAUGGAGGCCCUGUCGCCCUUCUUCAAGAAGAAAGCUCACAUCCUGGAGGUCCUGCGCAAGAUGGAGGAGAGCGACCCGCUGAAGUUCCACCCGGCCACGGCCAGCCUGUCCUUCUGCGACUACAGCCAGGUGCUGAUGACCACGGAGGCGGUCCUGGCCACCGCCGACCCGCUUCCCUUUCAGUGCAAAUCCCUCCACACGCACUGCCGCUGCUCCUGCUCCGACGCCGACGCACACCUGCACGUUAACGGUGACGGGGGGGUGAAGUGUGAGGGGGGGAACGCCGGCUGUUCGCACUGCAAGCGGAGCCCGGACACGCCCCCGAAGCCAUGCAACCACGUCUGUAGUCCCCCGAAAGCCGGCUCCGCCCCCCCGAGCCAUGCAGCUCCUGCAGCCGCUGCCGGUGAAUGUCACAGUAAAUCUGUUCCUCCGUCCAAGCUGUGUCCCAGGACUGAAGCCCACCCCCCACCGCCAGCGGGCGCCGCCCACCCGCCGGCCCCAGAGGUCGAUCAGACUGUGGAGGUGCCGGGAGCCGAGCCGGAGCAUGACUCAGCAGAGAGUUUCCCCCCCGCCCCGGAGGAGCUCACCGGGUUCUGCCCCUCGACCCACCCGCAAACUUCUGUGAAGGAAACCUCCCACUGUGACUCGGCGCUCAGCGAUGGCGUUCCCAACGGUUUGGCGCCGUCCUCCAUCAACAGCAACACGAAUGAAGACGCCACGGAUCCGGAGGCCUGCGCUGUGAGGGCCGGCGCCUCCAUCAGCCCCAGCGCCUCCUGCCUCAGCGACGUCAGAGCCGCCGCCAUCAACUCUCCGUCCAAACUGCUCAAGUUCCUGAAGAUUCCGUCGAUCGGGGAGAAGCCGCCGCCCGCCGCCGUGCGUCUGAGUCCGCAGCUCACCCGCAACUCCAGGAUCCCCUGCCGCACCAACAACUACGAGGUGUACCACUCCCCUGUGCCCACCCGCCGAGCCACCACCACCGAGAGGUGCCGGCAGCCCCCCCCGCCUCCGUCCCGGUCGGAGUCCUACCCCGCCACUCACUCGGCGCCGACCUCCCCCCCGCAGCCUGAGGACGUCUGCUCCUCGCCCGCGAAGGAGACGAGCUACAGCAGCCUCUCUGCACCUAAAGCCAGCGCCGACUCGAAGACGAGCGCGCCUUCCUCCAGCUCGUCUUCCUCACCGAGGGUCUCCCACAGGGUCCCGCAUUAUGAAAAUGUCUGUGACAUGUCCACCAGCUCCAGGGAGGAGGAGCCAACCCAGGGCCUGGAGAAAAGAACCACCCUUCCAUCUCAAGCGAGGGCGAACGGCGGCGAGAGGAAGCUGGUGAAGUCGCUGCCAGAGAGCGCCAUGAACCCCCCCCCCCAGCGGAAGCAGUCCUCCUCCUCCACCUCCUCCUCCACGUCGGAGGAGGAGGAGGACUCGGACAGCCCGGUGUGGGUGAACCACCACAGCCUACCCAACGCAUCCGCCCUCGGGAAAACUCCGGGCAGAGCCAGCUACUCCCGAGCCAGAGAGAAGCUGCAGCCUGUGAUAAGGGAGGUCCCUGUGUCGAGCUCCGAGGUCGUUAAGCCGCCGCCCCCUCCGCCUCCGGCCAGGAGGAGCGACCCCUCCUCCAUCCCCAAGAGGCCGGCGCCCGGGGCGGUGAGAUCCCAGGCCGACUCCAGUCACCAUGCCUUCAAAGACCGGCUGGCUGCCCUGGGGAAGCUGAGGAGCUCCGAGGAUCUGCAGGUCGGCCUCCACCCGGUCGACCCGGCGGGCGACGCCUCCUUCGGCGACGAGCGGACGAAGCCGCUGGAGCAACUGAAGGAGGAGCAGAGACACUCGAGGUUCACCGACUCUCUGGACAGUAAAGCUAAAGCUGGAGGCGCCGGGCUGAAGUAUCCGGGCUCGUCUCAGCCUCCUGCUCCAGCUGCGGUCAAACAGGAAGUGGGUGUGUCCAAGGCCGAAGUCCCGAAGAGCAGAAUCGCUCUCCCCUCCCCCAACGCCGACGCGCCGCAGGUUCUACGCAACAACAUCAAGUGUCCCGGCUCCUUGAAUCUGGGCUAUAACCUCAAACCGGGUCCUCACAGUAACAGCAGCCCCAACAAGAUCCCCCCCAAGUCGCCGUCCAAACCGUGUCCGGCGCCGUCCGUCCACAGGGGGGGGAAGCCCCCCGAGACCCCACGCUACUCGUCCAAGUCAGAAGAGAGGACCAAGAUCAGCGGGAAAGGGAAAAAGAAUCCGAUGUUCGGGGACAGCCUCCCGCCGCCUCCUCCGAGACCGCCCACCUCCGAGGGGGAGAAGCCCUCGCCGCCGGCGCCCUGCCCGCAGUCCGCCAUCGAGCAGAAGGUGAUGAAGGGCAUCGAGGAGAACCUGCUGAAGCUGCAGGAGCAGGACCGAGGAGGGCCGAGCGUGGAGGUCAAGCAGAAAGCCUCCAACGGCAUCGCCAGCUGGUUCGGCCUGAAGAAGAGCAAACUGCCGGCGCUGAGCCGCAAGGCCGACGCCCCCAAGGCCAAGGACGAGAAGAGGGAGUGGAAGAUCAACAUCCCGUCGGUGGGCAGGGACUCGGUGAAGAUCGCCAGCCGGUGCAAAGAAGGCGUGGAGGGUCUGAACAUCUCCACCCUGAUGGAGAAGGCGGAGGGUCUGCGCCGGGCGCUGGAGGAGGAGCGGGCGUACGUGGAGCGCUCGGGCCGCGGUCACUCCUGCGAGGUGGUGAUGGACCCGGCCCAGGGACAGCUCGCCGUCAUGUACCGGGGGGGGCGCUCCGACAACUUCAUGCAGCAGCUGCUGAACAGAGUGGACGGGCCGGAGGUGAUCAGCGUGCCACAGCGCCGGCUCUCCUUCGACUGCAAGAGCUCCAAGCCGCUGUUCGCUCAGCAGAGUGACAUCAUCAGCCGAGACGACAUGGAGAAGGCAUCAGAGAGAAUCGGCAAAAUCACGUCAGACGACAACCUGGCAGAUCACUCUCAACACUUCGCAGGUUCUGGUGCUUCCACGUACACGCUGGACAGCGGCAUCGGCACGUUCCCUCUGCCCGACUGCAGCAGCGGUGCAGCAGGACGCAGCCUGUCCAAGACCAGGGCGGGGGGGGAGCACCACUCCUCGGGCUCCCCGGGGCGGGUCGGGCGCCGGGCUCGCACCCUGGAGCGGGAGCUGCCGUCGCAGGACGAGUGCUACACGCCGCACAAACAGCUGAUUCCCACCAUCCAGUACGGCGCCGUGCUGGAGGGGAGGAGCUCGGCCGGCGUCCUCCGGGAAGACAAAGAUGCUCACCCAGCGAACAUGUUUUCUCCUCGCUCCAAAACCUGGACCUUCCCGAACCUGAAGACAGCGGCAGGACCUGCGGACGUGUACCUGGCCGUGGAGGAGGAGGAGGAGGAGGAGGUGGCCUUCACAUCACAGUUCAGAGCGAGCGUGAAGGCCGGUGGUCCGUCCCCCAGCCGGGCGGCGGACCCCUGCAGCCUCCCGGUCCCGGCCCAGUCCGGGAUGAGCCGCCGGGGGAAGACUCGGACCCCAAGCGUCCCCGAGAUGAGCCGGGACGGCGGGCUGGAGCUGCUCAGGGAGAGGCCGGAGGAAGCCCUCUCCCCGAGCCGCCCUCCGGUCCCGGAGACGCCCGAGUCUCUGAGCGACUCUCUGUACGACAGCCUGUCGUCCUGCGGGAGCCAAGGAUGAUCCCCGGGAGACGCCGGGGGGGGGAGACAGAUCCUCUGAAGACGACAAGACCCAGCGCCGCUCUGACACGUCUCCUGGUCGCCGGCGGCGCUGUGAUGCUGCUGACCCGCCGCCGCCUUCGAGGAAAAGAACCGCGCCCUGUUGAUGUCCGCAAAGAAUAAUCAGGUGACGUCUCAUCCGCCGCUGCAGCUGGAACGAUGGAUGGAUAGACUUCUCCUCAGGAUUUCCAAAAAACGUGAAGCCAAAAGUCGCCCAAGUAUAAUCGAUUGUUCACUUCUUCACAGUCAGACCCGGCUGGACGCUUCUCUUUAACUCAUGUACAGGACUACAAGUCGCAUGGCCACGCUCAUGAUUAGCACAACACGCCGUCGCUCCCGGCAACCGUUUGUCAACCUUUCAGACUUUUGUUCGAGGAAGCGGUGAAGCGCCGAUCAGCUCAACAGCCGAGGAACUGUACGAACACUCGGUUCAUCACAUCAACGGAGAAAAUAACUAAAAGCACGGAGCUCUGGAAAAAAAAAAAUGAAUGUUCAUGUCUGUGAUUCUUAAAUCGCUCAACUCAUGCAUCACGAUUUUAAAUGUACAAACGAUUUUAUUGAUCAUGUUGAUAUUGUUUUUGUGGCCGAGGACGGUCGUCAGAAUGUGUCUGUUUGAGAUCAUGCUACAUUUAAAAAGGUAAUAUAUACCAGCAAUAAUUACAUAGAAAAGAGAAAUGGCUACACUAUUCGAUGAAUAUGUAUUUCUAUUAUUUAUUUAUUUUAAAUGUUCAUCAUCUGCAGUCGUCUUUUUAUUUUGUAACCUCUCUCUCUCUCUCUGUGAAACUUGCCGUGUCCUCGCUUCUUAGAUUUAUGUUCAUAUCCUGUAUCCCAACAUCUCUGUUGCUGUUCGUUCCGUAGCCACUAGAGGUCGCCUGUACCUACUGCCGUUUUUCAACUUUCUAAUUAAAAUGUUUUGAUUUA